UCUGGGCUCAGUCGUAAUUCAGCCGUCGCUCGAAGAUGGACAUCAAUAGCUGGAUCUCCUUGUGUCUCGUUGUGCUUGCCGUUGCCCAAACGAUCGCGAAAAACAUCACCUGUUGGGAGCUGCCAUGCCGUCAGAAUCGAUACCACUUCGACUGUUGCAUCCGAAAGCUGGAGAUUGACGAUGGCACCAUCAUCGAGAGUGCCAACUUUGCCAAACAGCAGUACAUCCUGCUGGAGGACAGCCACAUCUACACCGUUUCUCCGCAGCUGUUCCAGCUAAUGACCGAUGCCAAGAUGUUGGAAAUCACCGGAGGUUUCGUACCGUGGGUCUACCUGAGACCGUCGAUCACCAUGCUCACGAUAAGCGACAGUCAAACGAAGCAGAUUUCCAUCGAUCCGGAGCAGAAAAAGUAUCGUCUGAUCUGGUUGGAAGUGCGGAAUGUCACCAUGAAGGAACUGCCCCCGAAUCUGAACCAGCUGCGCGAUCUGGAGCACAUCGGGUUGGUGGAUUCGGGGUUGGAAUUUCUACUGAUGGAUCAAUUCGACGGGUUGAACAAGCUUGAAGAGUUGAACCUGUCCGGCAACAACAUCGCCCGGAUCUACGUCAACUUCCCGAUGAGACUGCCAUCGUUGCGGUGCUUCCAGCUGAACGACAAUCUACUGACCGCGGUCGACCUCAGCUAUUGGCACAUGCCCGAGCUGACGAUGUUUGACCUUUCCUCGAAUCAACUCAAGUACAUGGCGCAUUACAAUAGCAAUCAGUUUGAAAAGCUCUGCGCCAUUAAGGCCGAGCGGAACAAGUGGAACUGCAAGUGGUUGGAGGAAUUUUUGCACGCGUGCUUCCACUUUAGGGGAUACGGGUUCAGCGAACGGCAGGUCCAGUGCGACGAGGACGUCGAAUGGCGCGAAAAUUGCUGCUACGGGAACGAAACCGAUGCCGGCUAUCAGGAGUAUCUGAGGGAGAUGCAGCUGAUUUGAGAAGACAGUU